AGUUCUUGCAAGGGACGCUCUGCCAGACGGGCAACAGCAAAAUAUCUCAUCACCAUAACUCUUCAAACAUCCUGGAGCAACACAGCCAACGGGUUAUAGUGGUUAUUGGUAUAAAGUCAUCGCUAUGAAGACACAGCAACCAGCCUCAAGACUUAAGAAAACAAUGAGCAUCCAUUUUGUAAGCCUCAUUUUCAUAUGGCUGCUGCCACUGACAGCAAGUAGCGCAGUGACAUCUGGCCACAAUAAAAACCUUACUGAUGCCAUGACAGAAACACAGGAAACACCAAAUAAGUUCACUCAUGACCAGCUGACAACACAGGAGGCGUUCAGCUCAAACCCACUGUCAGAGGUCUCAGGUCCUAACAUGACACCGUCUAUCAAAGUUGAUGCAAAUCCAGCAGAGGAAAAAGCUACAAACUCCACCACUAAACCUUCACUGCAAAGUACUCUAACAAUGCCUUCAAAGACAACAGCAGCAACUCCAACCAAUUCCACUGAUUCUCAGUUCAACAGCUCCACAGUCAUAACAUCAGCAAUAACCAUUGCUACCAGUCACGCCAGCAUCCCAACCACAGCUACAAGGGUACCGUCAGUACUGAGCAGCUCCACUCAAAGCCCAUUCAGCAGUGAUAAAAUGACCCAAUUAUCUACACGUCCAACAUUGUCUACAGAACUUAUCUCCACCACAACCAGUUCUACCAAGCCUGGUGAAUACAAAUCUACAACCACAAGCCAUGUCACGCAUGAUGCUAUGCAGCCAACAGGUUUAUACAAAACUUCAGUUGCCACAAAAAAGACACCAUUUAUCCACAUCAACAAGGCAAAGGAAAGACAAGAUCCUCUACAAAAAAAAGCAACGCCCAAUAAGGGCACAGACCACAGUAAAGCAGUGGCAGGGCUGAUAGGUGGAGCCCUGGUACUGAUGAUGGUAGGAUUCCUACUCAUCUAUAUAAAGCAAUGGAACCUUCGGAGGCAGCAGAUAACAACUAGUGACUGGGCAGGUCCUUCACCAUUUCUUGAGGGUGGAGCCGACAAUGGCCAGGUCACACUGAGGUCAUCAAACCGAAUAUCUCUGUCUAGCUUCCUGCCUCAGAGCCUCACCAAAAGGUUGUCCAUGCUCCCAGACACAGAUGAGGAGUUAGAAGACAUGACACAAGGUACUACAUUUGGUCGAGAGGUGGAUGGAAAUUAUGUACAAGAAAGCAAUGGGACUGCUGUAGUUGUUCCAGAAAUGAAAAGCACAGGAGAUACUCCAGAGAGGUUGAAAACCCUGUCUCAGUGACCUCUUCACAAAAGAGCAACCCGGUGUACACAGAUAACAAUGUGGAGGCUGCAAACCCCAAAUAAGACCAAUCAAUAAAACCCCCGCUCUAUUUGGAGCUAUGGGAAAUGCCCUGGGACAAUUGAACUAUGACUUUGAGCAACCAUAAUUAAACUUAAGCUCCAAAGACCCCAACGCAUCCACUUUCACUGGCUUCAAGGCAGCAACAAAUAUGACUGAGAACACAGUAAAAUAACUUGUCAUCGUCUGAGGAAAUCAUGACAAGAGAGAAGCAAUAUUUAUCUAGGUCACUACUGCAAAAUUAAAACAACAACAACAAAAACCAUUACAGUAUAGCAAGAACAACAAAAGGAAAAUGUUAUUAAGUAACCCCAAGUGCUAGAACUAAAAGUAAAAAAAGCAUUUUUUCAUGUUGUCAGAUCCUCAAUUUUGGAAGCAUAUGAAUGCCACACCAGGGGACAAAAUAAACAGUAUCAGGUAAUAAUAUGAAAAGUUGUUAUAAGGAGAUGUCUUCAUGUUAGAACAAGAAGCUUUUCUUGUAAAAACAAAAAAAAGAAGAAACUUCUCUUGUUAUAACAGUGUAUUUAUUUAUCUUGUUAUAACAUGAAACUUUUAACAUGAAAAUAUCUUGUAAAAAUGUGAAAAACAAGAAACUUUUAAUGUUAUUACCUGAUGCUGAUCAUGCUGAUUUUUUUUUUUUUGGCAGUUCUACGCUUUCGUACUCAUGUGUGAUGCACCGGUCAUAAGUCAGGCUACUUGGAGUCUUCACUGUAAGUCACCCUGGUUGUAGCUAACUACAGGCAGGGUAAUUGUGUCUCUGUCCAUCACCACUGCAGGGAUUCUCACACAAGACCCCUGCUAUAUUUUCUUUAUCAUCAUGUGAAAAUGUCACCCAGACCUGAAGAGUGUAAAUCUAAAAUGCUUUCUUCCCAACAUGUCUGCCCUCUCCGACCUGUGAUAAGUGCUUAUGGAGAAAAUAUAAGCAUAUGAUGCAUGCAGGCACCUUUGUAUUCAUCUUGCAUGUGAUGAAAAGUAGAAGGUCGUGUGGUGGUGAGAACAGUUAUUAGGUAACAACAUACUGUUUAACAAACAACUAAUAGCUGUGCCAUAAUGCAACGCUUGCAUUUUCUACAUAUUGGCUUAGGUGUGAGAUUAUGUGAAUACAAAAAAAAAUCCUGAAUCAUGUUUUAUCUGACAUACCAGUCAGUCGAAGUAAUUGCAAAUAUUUGUUUUUCUCACUGAUUUGCUAUCUGCAGAGUAAUGUAGCAUUUACAGUUCACAAAUAAGAAGGGUCAGUAUCCUGGGCCCUCUGUAGUUUAUAUAGCAGGUUUCAAAACUUUCCAAACAUUUCUGAAGAGCUAGUUUCUCAAUAUCUGACUUGUAGAUUAGUUAGUCAUAACUGAAUUUGUUUUGUGAAGCUUGUGCUUUGAGUCUGAAAAAAGGGGAUUUUCGAAUAUCUGCUUUCAAGGGAGUUUUGCUCCUCAUAGUGAGCCAGUGGAAGUGUGGGCACCACCAUCAAUAGAAACCAAUGGCAGCAGGACUGUCAGCCAGUACUCCAUUUUCCCCAGGCUUUGCACUUUUUAGCUCCCAGCUGCACCUACUGCGGACUGUCAGAGUCUUUAUAUGGCAAACAGAAGUAGACUACUCAUAUAAGGCUUUGUAAGAAAACAAAACACACUAGAAUGAACUGCACAAAAUGAAAACUUGUGGAACUGCAAGGCAAGUAGAUUCACUGUAGUUUGUUUAAUUGGCCUUCAUAAACAUGAUAGUCAUUAUUAGCUUAUUUGUUAGUGUUAGUGAUUAAUUUUUGGUGUGAAUCUGGAUCCAGAUUAAAAAAUUGCCACCAUUACUAUUGGUGCAGCCUAGGCCCUGGGGUCUGGUUUGGUUUACUGAGUCCUUUUUAGUUUAAUUUGCAAUCAAGGGCAUAUCAGAAAUGGGUGGAAGUGUAAGAUGGGAGGGGGAACUGCUCAGUGCCACAGUGGGUUAUGGGUUAAUGGUUUCAGAUGUUAAGUGCUCUGCUCCAUGUGGUUAUGCGGUUUUCACAGUGUGUCAUUUCUAGGCUAUGAGUCAUAAAAAGAGUAUGUAGGUGUAUUUAAUCGAGUUGUUUCUUUGCAAGUUAGUAAUAAUAAUCAUGAUUGUUUUGUUCAAAUUUUGUUAGUGUAGAUUUUGUAUAACUUUAAGUGGUUUUGAGUUUCUUUAAUUGUAUCUGAUGAGAACUGAGAGUGUUAAACAAAGACAAAAAACCUGGUGAAAGUGGCAACUGUCACUGAGUGGCUGUGCUUUUGAACGUAAAAUGAAAAGGAAAUCUACUUCCAACUAUCAAAUAAUUUUACAGCUGAACAUUAACCGGUUGCCUCAAAUGACUUUAACAUGGCAGACCAACAACAAAGUGAACGACUUCACUGCAAUCAGGAUAACAGCAUAUAGCUAUUUUAGCUAAACCGAAACCAUAGUCAUACUUAAUAGUCAUUUUACUGACAAAGGGAGGAACCUAAUACAUGAACUGAUGCUCUGUUUACUUUCUGAUUCCCUAUGAGCAUGGCCACGAGCCAAGAAAACUAAAAGUGCUUCCAGCCAUGUGCUACCUUCAUUCUGGAGUGCCAGCAGUGGAAUGUUCUAGUCAGACAAAAGGGAUUUUGUGAUGUUUAAUGAAAUAAAAAUUAAAAGUUCAAACAAUACGUCUUAAUUAAAGUUUGUUUUCAUUAAAAGCAGGAAACCUACUAUGUGUGUUUCCAUUAUUUCAUUACAUUGUAUUACAUGCAAGAGUAACACUGAAUGUUUUCAGUGUCGCGGCCUUAUAAGCCCUGACACACCAAGCUGACAGCAGGCUAUUGGUCAGUGUUGGGCCGUUGGUGAGCGUCUGUCGCCCUAGUCCGUGCGGUGUGUCCCACAUCAUUUCCCCUUCUUGGCCCCCUUCCCUUUUUGCAGAUUCAGCACAUUGAAUCGAUGUAGGCAACAGCCGAGGCCGUCUGUGAAUGAAAUCACUCUGACUGGCAGUUCAGCUCACCGCACGAAGAGAGAAACAGAAGUGAGGAAAAUACACAAAGAGCUUAAGUCCACAGGGAAUAAGACCAGCGCAAACUUGUUCCAUAAGGUCAGAUUAUUAUUGUUUAUCUAUUGAGCUCUUUAGCAGAAACAUUUACUGAUGGUUUGUGUUACUGUUCACAGGCUCACAGGCUCACGUUUAAUAUGUUCUGUUCUUUCAACAUUAGAUUGUGUUGUUAAUGUGCUGACUGGCUUACUAGUGUAAAGACGGUCUUCCGGUUUCCCCUUUGGAAUGACGAUUUAGAGACUACCACCGUCUGCUGGUGUAGAGAGCUAUUUCCUCUCAUGCAGGCACAGACUGUACAUGCUGGCUGGCCGUUGGCUGUAGUCUUUGCUGCGUGUCCAUGUGCAACUUUUUGGCCAAGACACAGCUACGUCAGGUGACGCAGCAGGGGGUCUUUGUCGCCGCUAGUACUGUUAAGUCUGUUUGGUGUGUCUGGGCCUUAAAAUAAUCAUGAUGAUCACAUUUUUUGGCAUUCACAUAGUAUCAAAUGUCCAGAAGACACAGAACAACAUCUGCAAUUAUUUGCAGUGGAAUAUGGAAGCCCUGUUUUCAUUCUCAUUUAAUCUCUGGCCUGCUCUAAAAUAACAGUCUUUCGCUGCAAAAUGCUGUGAUAUGUUAACCUGCUAGUCUCUGACUGUGUCUGUCUAGUGUGCUGCUGAGCAGGUCGCAGCUUUUAGAGCUUCUUUUCUGAAAACAGCUGCCAGCUGCAGCAGAAAAAUGCAGGCUUUGCGGGCUGGACAGCACAACAAUGACCUCAAACUUACUAUAAAGAUCUGCAGAUUUAGAUUUAAGUUGUCUGUGGGUUCAUGAGUACAAGAGACCCCUUACACACUAUCACAUUAUUUUCACAUUGUCAUUCCAUACAUAGGAAUUACAAAAGAAUCCACUGCAGCCUCUUUAAUCCAGAUAGUAGUAGAGAUUAUGUCUGCUGCUGGAAAGCAAGCUGAUGGAAGCAGACACACUGAACCUAAACAACAUCAGGAGCUGAAAUAAUUUUAUUCAUUACUAAAAUAAAGUGUUUAUAAGAAUGUGUGUGCAUAAGAGAGAGAAAGCUGCUGCUGUGAGGCAUGCCAUUGUCAGCAAACACACACACACACAUACAGCUUGCCUCAUCAGCAGCAGAGCUGGCCGGCUCGCUGCUGCAAUUCUCUCUCUCUCUCUCUCUCUCUCU